UCUAUUCCUUAACAGUUUUCGUUUGGGAAGAAAAGUCACUAUUAUGAAACGUGCGCAGGUUUUACGUCAGAUGCUGGUGGUGACGGGCCUGGCGUUUUGCAGCCUGUCCGAUGGGUUUAUAUUUGGGCAGAUGUCCGGGAUGGUCGACGCUUUGAAUGGAAAGGAUAGCUCUAUUAAUUUGAGCGAUGAUGAAAUCUCUUGGAUUGCUUCAACUAUCAACAUUACCUGUUUUUGCGGCUUCGGCUUGAUGACUAUACUCACCGAGAUAUUCGGAAGAAAAAAGACUAUAACAAUUGUCACCACGCCAGUGCUAAUAUGCUGGCUCAUGCUCUACUUCGCUCAAGACAAAUAUACAAUACUGGCGACAAGAAUAAUCGUAGGUGCAUCUUACGGCGGAGUCCUAAUUUUGACUUAUAUAAAUAUAGCCGAGUAUGUGGCACCUGAUAUUCGAUCCCUAUGCUUAAACUUAAUGACCGCCUGUGGAACGUCUGCCGGCACAUUCCUCGGGCACGUUUUAAGUUUGUUUCUACACUGGAGGAACGUAGCUCUUAUUGGCUUAGUCCCAACAGCGAUCUCCGCAAUCUUGCCUUUAUUUUGGGUCGAAAGCCCAUCCUGGCUGGCGACUAAAGGACGAUUCAACGAAUGCGAGAGAGCCUUCAAAAAACUGCGCCUUCCGAGUAAAGAAUCCGAUUUAGAACUGAAAAUGUUAAUUAACAGUCAGAGAGGAAAUAACAAUACAACUAAAAACAACCUUUUCGUAUCAAUUUUGAGUAAAUACGGAAGUGCAUGCAAAGAAAAAUACUACAGGAGGAUGACUGUUCUUAUGAUGGUGAUAUGUGUUUACAGAGUCGCAGCCGGCCGGAUUCUGUUUAGCACAUUAAUAAUUACUAUGCUCCAAGAGAUGACCGAUACUUCGGACAUAAUAUUGUUCACGUUGUUGGUUGACGGGUGCAGCUUGGUAGGUGCUGGUGUGUCAUGUAUUUUCGUGAGUAGGUUACGAAUGAGAACUUUGCUAUUCACUUCCGGCCCGAUAGCAAAUUCUGUUCAGGUUAUACUGGCCUGUUGCUUGUACGUUUGGUCGGAUAAUAGCUUUUAUGUGAGAUGGACCAAAGUUUCCCUGUUAGCCUUGUACUGUAUUUUAAUAUCAGCGGGUCCGUACGCUGUGCUGGAGACUCUACUGUCAGAGCUGCACCCUUUGGACGUAAGAGCUUUGUCGACGUUUGUGUUGGGAGCCUGGGCUGGCGUGCUACAGUUUUUGAGUAUUAAAUUAGCAUCUUACUUAUUUUCGGUGAUUGGCUACCACGGAGUAUUCUUCUGCAACGCUGGCGUCGUGUUUCUCUGUCUGUUGUACCUAUAUUUCUAUUUGCCAGAGACGAAAGGAAGGACGUUGCAGGAAAUACAGUUAUACUUUAUAGACAAUAGUUAUGGAGAUAAUGAAGAGAUGCUUGGCUCGGAGCAACGAAAUGAUUUGUUAACAAAGAAGAUGACAAUUAAGGUUUAAACAAUACAUGAUGAACGUUGGUGGAACAAAACUUCUUUUUGA